CCUGGAGCCACAACAUCAAUAUCCACAGAUCUCGCUCCUGCAACAACGAACACGAAUGCAUGUAUGGUUUGCACGCCAUAUGCCGUCAACGAAGACAAUUGCAACACAAUUGCGAAUUGCGUCCCGCAGUAUGCCGUCGCCACUGUGACGGUGGGUAGUGCUCCGGUGCAUGUAGGCGCAUUGACUGGUACAGCGCUGUACACAGCAGUCGGCGUCGAGUACGUUGACGUUGACAACUCGCUUAACUCUGGUGCGCUUAUCAUCAAUGUCCCGACCAGCUCAUAUAACAUCACAUCUCUUCGCGACGCUAUGAUUGCUUCGAUCUCAUUGUCUAUCCAGACUUCAGCAACUGGGUCAAACUGCUUCAAUGUAAGCUAUGGCGUCGAACAGUUUAAGCCACGUGACGGUAUGCUUGGCUGGAGUGACCAGAUGUUGAAAGUUCCACGCAACUUGCUCGGUCUUGAGAGUCAUGAUGCUCUCAUUCCUCGAGAUCAUCCAUUUCAAACCGAACAACAUAUGAUAAUGUGUAAUGCGGCGUACUUUCAUACGGCGAAUUACUACGACCCGUGGUGGAGGACAGCACCACAGCCCGGUCCGACCGACUUUAUGAACGCCGUGUUCACGUUUCAAGCUUCGAAUAGUGAUAACUUCCUCUGUGAAUUUCUUGAUAUGCUGGUAGAUGGCUUGACGAUGUUGGCUCCAGAAUUU